UUAGCUCGAUCUCAUUCAAUGGAGGGUGACCGAUGCCUUAAAACUAAUAAUAAACACAUAUUUAGAACUUUACUUCAUGAAUUUAAUUAUUUUGGUGGUUUUAUGGGGGUCAUUUCUAUGCUAAUUUCCUCAUUUUAUUCGUAUUAGUGUAGUGUUCCAAUCAAUUUUAUCGCCGUCCACUGGGGGGCGCUCCCCCGCAGAUGGACCCGCCAACUUUCUGCCGUUGGAAGGAAUUUGGAGACGGAAGACGGGCAGCAUCAAAACUGAAGGAUGCGGGGCUCAGACCGCAGACAGCGGCGGUACCGAGCGGGAGCCGGAGCACAGCUCGAUUAUCACGACGUUAAAAUAUUAUGAAUCCGAAUUUAGGCCUUUUAUUUCCAUUUUAGGACUUGUGUUUGGGAGAUUUAGCUCUUGAAAAGCUGUCAAAAUGAAGCUAAGCAGGAGGAAAGUGCCUCUAUAUGGUGAAGCAAAGGUGUUCGCACUGCUGGAGGGUUUGGAUUCUGUGCCAGAGGAUGUUGAGGUGUAUGUAGUUCUGGAAGGGUCCACGCUGACCCAUGUAGCCAGAGCUCAGAGUGAUGUCAUGCUCUGCUUCAUCGUGCCUGGUCACAACCUGCCUGAGAUGGUCUCUGUCCAGGCCUAUCUGUCCUCUGAUAGCAUGCCUCUCACCUGGGCAGGUGCGUCUUCACUAGAGUAUGUGUACGAUGACGCUCAGGAGCUGGCAGAACACCUUGUUGUUCAUGGACAUUGCUUGAGCUCCACAGACCAUAAGGAGCUGAGCAGCCUCUUUGGCCUGAGUCAGGAGAGCUCUCGCUGGGCUGUGGAUCGCAGAGUCGCCCUGGCGAUGGCCAACCUCGAUUUCCCCUCUAAGUGGAAUGUGCUGGGGACCCACAGCGGAAAUGCAGAUCGCAGUCCCAGAGAAUCCCCCCUCCACCUGGCUGUGCGGUGGGGUCUCCAUCGGCUUGCAGAGCUGCUGCUCUGUCAGCCGGGGGGGUUGAUGGCUGCCAAUCUCCCAAAUGAAGAAGGAGUCACCCCCCUGCAGCUGGCCCAGAGAGCGGGCAACACGGACCUCGUCAAGCUGCUAUUGGAGCCUCCCAACCCUCUAGCCACGCCCCCCGCCGGCCUGUCUCAGGUGUGGGUAGACCAGUCUCGUCUGCUGAGGUUUUGUCACGACACAGGAAACCUGACUCUGACUGCCCGACAAAACCCCAGGUGGAGCGCACAGCAGAGCCGGCGCGCUCACAUCCUAAUUCUGAGAGACCGGCUCAGAGACAUGGACUUCCUCAAAGAGAUCAAAGCACUCAGGCGGGAACGUCCAAAGACCGUCUUUGGGAAGGAGGAACUGGUGGAUGAUCCUGAAGACAGUGAGCUGUACUCUGGCAUUAAUGGUGAAAAAGAAGACAAUCUUCCCAGCUUCUAUUGUGGGGACAUCGAGGAGCCGCUGAUGUUUUGCCUGAACGAGGAGGAUGAAGAAGACGACCCGUCACAGUCUGACUCUGAGAAAAGUCAGUCCAUAAGGGAGAGCCAGGCCUCAUCCCCAACGCUGGCCGCAGUGGCCAGACUGUCAGCGAUGAUGCACGGCCAAGACCGGGUCUACGCCAACGCCAUGCUGGUGGGCCAGGUGGACGACGCUGAUAUAAGUUAUCGCCCCCCAAGAAAGGAAGAGGUUCCGUCCCACGCCGGCCUCUCCUGUUGGAAUUCCUUCUCUCCGAGGGCUUUUGAUUCAGAGAGCCUCUCUCAGAACCCUUACCCGCCAUCACCCGACCAUCACGAGCCAAGGGAGAGCCGAGCUCCCGGCCUGGACAAUCCUCGCAUGUCUUCCCCCUCUCCCUUUGCUUCCUCCCCGUCUUUCCCUUCCUCCCCCCAGACUUCCCUUUGUUUGUCCGAGGAAGCGCAGAGACGUCAGCCGCAGACCUACUCCCCCCUCUCUCCUGGUUUGAACUGCCGAGGCUGCAGUUUGACAGAUGCAAACGUGGGCCUGAGCCCAAGUUUAGAGUGUGACAGUGGGGAUGAAGACAUACUGGGACACUCCUACCCCUCGUCCUUAAAGCACAGACCCAUUCUGAGAUCCAGCUCGGGAGAGGAGAGAGGCUCCUUUGACGCCUCACCGGAUUUUAACCGCUCUCACUCUGACAUCACACCCAAAACCACCAAGAGUUCAGAGGACCCUGAAGUUCGUCUGCGCUCGUACUCCUACUCCUCCCCCAAAGCUAAGCCCUCCCGACCCCUGCUCAACCGAGACUCGGCCAUCACUGAUCUAGAAGAAGGUGGUACGAUCGGCAGCAGCGGUCGUUCUCUGCUUCAAGCUUUAUCACUUUCUAAAUCACUUUCUCGUCUCAACCAAGUUAAGCAGAGAGCGCUCAACCUGACUGAGACGCCCAGAGAAAAGAGGAUCGAGGAUGAGGAGUGGGAUAAAUACAUAAUCCCUUCAAAAGUUGAGACAGAGAAGUAUAAAGUGAGCCGGACCUUCAGCUUUCUGAAGAACAGGAUGUCCAGCACUCGGAACAAGACCAAGGUGAAAGGAAAAGACAUGAAGGAAGGGAAGGAGAAGUCAGGAGCCGCUAACGGACACCAGUUUGUUCCCGUGUCUCAGCCGGCUCCGGCUCUCUGUGUGGGCUGUGACAAGCCGGUUUCUGGGAAGGAGCUGGUUCAGUGCUCCAGCUGCUUCGUUAACGUCCAUAAAAACUGCAGAGAGUCCGCUGCAGCUUGUGGAAAGAAGCUGCAGCCGGAGAGGAAUGCAGCGUUGGUGAAAAACAAGACCAUGUCUCUCCCUCACAACUCGAUCAAGGAAAACUCCGUUUUCUCCUCGUCUUCCUCCUCCCCUUCUUCAAUGUCAACAAGAGAAAAAAGAGAAGCAGUCGGCCAUUUUUCCAAAAGCUUGUCCUUGUCUGUAGAUAGCAGCAGAGGACUGAGUGACGUCGCAGAGGCGGACAGCGAGUGCAGCAUGGCAGCUUUCCUGAGCAGUUCACUGUCUGAGGAGGGGUCACAAGUCACCUCCCCCUCCACCGACCUGCCAAUCAGCACGCAGGAUCCAGUUGACGCUCCUGUACUGAGUGAGCUGUCGGCCGAUCAGCUGGGACUUGAUGCCGAGUCGUGGAGUCUCGCCGUCACUCGGGACUUUUGCAGGAAACUCGACAGACGCACCAUCAAACGGCAGGAUGUUAUUUAUGAGCUGAUGCAGACAGAGCUGCACCACAUCCAGACUCUGACGGUCAUGUCGGAGGUCUUCCGGAGGGGCAUGCUGGAGCAGCUGCAGCUGGACUUGGACUGCGUGGCGCGGAUCUUCCCGUGCCUGGACCCGCUGCUGCUGUUCCACAGAAACCUCUUCCGAACUCUGCAGGAGCGCCGUCACGCGUCGUCGCAUCCCGAGAACUCGCAGAAUUACCUCAUCCAUCAAAUUGGCGACAUACUUCUUCAGCAGUUUUCAGAUGAGAAUGCAGAGAAGAUGAAGCAGCUGUAUGGAGAGUUCUGCAGUCACCACAUUGAGGCUGUGAAUGUUUUCAAGGAGCUCCAGCAGCAAAACAAAAAACUUCAAAACUUUGUUCGACAACAAAGCAAUAACUCUCUUGUCAGACGAAGAGAGGUCCCAGAAUUCAUCCUACUGGUCACUCAACGCAUCACCAAGUAUCCUGUGCUGCUGGAGAGGAUUUUACAGCACACCCAGGAGGAAAGUCAAGAUCACCUGGACUUAUCAAAGGCUCUGGCACAGAUCCGAGACAUCAUCGCAGGAGUGGACCUGACUGUCAAUAAGUAUGAGAAAUGUCAGGAGCUGCAGGAAGUUCUCACCAGGCUGGAUAUCAAGAGCUUUGCCAAACUCAAGAACGGGAAAGUUUUCCGCAAACAGGAUCUGCACAGCAAACACAGGAACCUUCAACACAAAGGGCUGGUCUUCUGGAAAACGGCCACAGGGCGGCUAAAAGACACUUUGGCUCUUUUACUCACGGAUGUUCUGGUUUUCUUACAAGAGAAAGACCAGCGCUUUAUAUUUGCCUCUGUGGACCAAAAGCCUCCAGUGAUCCCUCUGCAGAAGCUCAUCGUUCGAGAAGUAGCCAAUGAGGAACGAGGAAUGUUCCUUAUCUCUGCCUCCUCAGCGGGGCCGGAGAUGUACGAGGUUCACACCAGCACCAGAGAGGAGAGGAAUGCAUGGAUGAGGCACAUCCGGCAGGCCGUGGAGAGCUGUCCUGAGGAAGAAGAGGAGGAGGAGCGAAACACUGAGACCGAGGAAGCCAGACAAGCUGCAGAAGUGAGAAUUCAGAAAAUAAACAAGUUCCAGGAUGCCCUGUUUGGACAGGACCAGCGGAUCUUCCACAGCUUGGAGGAGAAGCUGCAGCUUUAUGCCGAGCUCACCGAGCUGACCCUUCCUUCUCCAGAGGCUGCACCACAUCGCCCCCUACUGGUGCAGCCAACACAAGUCAGCGACGGCGAGACGCCACGUCAGGCCUCCAGUCUGCUCACAGCAGCUCUCAGAGAAGCGGAGAACCUUAUCAACGUCCUCCAGACUCGAAAUGGUUUCUCAACUCAGAGUCAGAGCUCUCCUGUUGGCGACGGCUGCAGCUACAGCAGCGUUCAGGAGUCUCCCUCUGAGCCAGAUUAUCUGAGCACGCUCAGUAUGAGCUCCACUUCUCUUGGAUCCGACAGUGAGUCAGCAGGGCUGGAUAACGUGUCCUGGAGUCCAGCGUCCGAGUUCAGAAAAGCAGACAAAGGGACGCUACUAAAGGUGGCAGAGAGUGUCCAGAACUUGACUCAGCUUCUCUACAGCCUGCAGGCAGCUGUGACUUUCCAGGACAGCUGUUAUGAAGUUUAUAAACUUCUUUUGUUGGAUGGAGAAAAGCAUCAGCUUCGAAACUUCGCCUCUCUUCAAAACUCUUUGGAACAGGAGAAGCAGAAGAAUACUGACAAGAUGAAAGAAGAGAAGAAGAGUAUAGAGAGGAAGAAAGAAGAGGUGGAUGAGGUGCAGAAGCUUCAUGCCAAACUGAAACAGGAGCAGCUGCGCUGGGACAAAGAGUGUUCGGCCCGAGAAAGGCAACAGAGCGAGCAGGAGGUUGUGCUGGAGCAUCGAGAGCAGCAGUGUUUUCUGGAGACGGAGCGUCUGCGCUGCGAGCGUGAGCAGCUGGAGGCGCAGCUGCUGGAGUAUCAGCAAAACCUGGACAGACUCAAAGAGGGCCAGAGGAGCGUGGAACUGGAGAGGAAGAAGAUCGAGACCCAGCAGAGGCUGCUUCAGACCUGGAGACACAGUCGCCAGAGCAGCCUGCCCGUUACAAUACCACUGGAUGGGUACAAGAUGUGCAAUCACAGCCGCACCGGUAGCCUGGAUGGCAGCUGCUCUGUCUACAAAAACGAGGCGGCCUUACUCGCCUCUCUGCAGCAGAACCACCAUCCGACCAACAACAACCAGCAUCAGCACGCGCUCCUGAUGCAGAGGCGGAACCAGGACGGCCCGCCUCACAGCUCCAGCUACCCCUCCGGCUCCAGCCUGAGCGCCAGCCUCUACAACAGCCUCAACACCCUCCUCAGCCAGGCCCACAGCAAACAGCCCCCGGAUAGCCGCCCCCGCCCCCCCGCCGAGCCCCUCCACCCGUUCGGCAGCAGGGCGUCCACACAACCCCACAACGAUCUUCACCUGCAGCCGGACGCGCAACCUCCCAGCCCCUGGAGGUCAGAGGUCACAGGACUUUUUAAGGACGACUUCUUUUCCUCCGCACCCCUUCUCCAACCGCCGGCUUACCUCUCUCUUGAAGGACAAAUCGGAGACGAAGUAGAAGAGGAGAACGUCGUCUACCUCUGAGAGUCCUUCAGAUUUUAACCCUUUUACGCCAGUUUUAUCUUUAACUUUUCAACCGUGAACACGAUCAACGUCGUUCUGGUAGAUUCUGAAGGAGAAAAGCGGCGUGAGCCGCUUUUCUCCUUCAGAAUCUACCAGAACGACGCUGAUCGUUUUUAUCGUUAAAAAGUUACAUAAGUUAAAGAUUUUGUGUUUUAGCGUCACGGAUGUUAAAGGGUUAAAAAAAACAUUGGUCUGUGUGCGUGCUUUUACGUCUACCAUUGUGCCUUUUUCAUUCCUCUUUUCAAAGCCAGCUCUUUUUUAUUUGAUAUUAUUUCGUUCUGUUAAUAUGUCUUUCUGACGCACUUGUGUGGUACUCGUGUUUCAAACACUUUAAAUGAAAGAAUUCAUGAAUGCUCCUUGAGCACUUAAAAAUAUAUUUAAAAAUAUCCAAAUAAGACUCACCCGGUGGUCUAAAGAGAGUUCUCGUCCCUUUUUAUGCUUUUUCAUAGAUGGAAUCAGCAAAGAUGGACUUUUACUGCCAUAAUUGUAUCAUUUUGAUAGAUUGUUGAAUGACAGGCUACCUAUGCACACUUUACUGGAAGAGGGUCUUAUAUAAAUAUGUUCUUUAUUUUAUCACUGAAGUGCCAAAGAUCUUGCUGUCCGAUAAUGAUUUUCUGUAUAAAAAAAAAAAAAAAAAAAGUGGCUUUUUUUCCUGAUAAUUUAUUACAUAAUGAUUGCUUCAUGCACUGCAGCUAUUAAUAAUAUUUGAAUUAUCCUGUCAUAUUAAUAUUUUGUAUAUAAAAGUGUUGUGGCUAA